UCCCGCCCCCAGGGAACAAUAGUAAUUCCGGGUUGUCCUCCAGCUCCGCUCUAGCCGCCAAGCUUCCGCCUCUCCCCUGCUCUCCGGAGCUGGGAGCGGACAGGGGGCGGGUCUUCCGGACGCGCGCGAGGGAGGUCAGGAGCAGGGAAUCUUGCCCCUUACGGCUUAAGAAAUGUCUUCGCUUUCGGAAUACGCACUGCGCAUGUCUCGUCUGAGUGCCCGGAUCUUUGGCGAAGUGGCCAGGCCUACUGACUCAAAGUCCAUGAAAGUGGUGAACCUGUUCAGUGAGCAGCCCUUGGCCAAAAGGAGAGAGACUUACGACUGGUAUCCAAACCACAACACGUACUUUGCGCUCAUGGGCACACUCCGAUUCCUUGGCCUUUACAGAGAUGAGCACCAGGAUUUUAUGGAUGAGCAAAGACGUCUAAAGAAGCUCCGUGGAAAGGGGAAACCAAGGAAAGGAGAAGGGAAAAGAGCUACAAAAAAGAAAUAGUGUCACCUCGUCAAGAAAGCAAAUCCCUUCCUCAAUGACUAAGAAAGUGUAUCUCAUUAUCUUUUCACAUGUUAGAGGCACAUGACCUCACUCGGCAGACAUCAGCCUGUGUUCACGUCCACCUCAGUUAAGCUGUGACUGGUUUCUUGAAGAUACUCUAGUCCUUCAAAAUUAUAUUGACCUUGGUUUUGUAAUCGGAAGCUUACCUAAUUCUAAGAUGGAACGAAUAAACUGUUGUUUAGUGA